AUGGAAGUAAAAAACAACAACUCACAAGCAAUUGCUUUAAAAACAAAAAAAUUUAAAUAUCCAUGUAAAAAUUUUUUUCUAUUAAAUACUUGUUGUAUAAAAUUAUAUUUAAACACGGUUUUACAAAUCUUAAUAUCACUUUCAAACGGUAAAAAAAUUAUUAAUAAUAUAAAUGAAUCAAUUGAACAAGGAUUACUCGUACUUAAAUUUAAAAUAAAAAUAGUUAAUAAAAACAAUAAACCUAAUAUAAUAUUGGUUUUAAAUGGGCUGUUGUUUUUUAUUAUGUUAAAAAAUGUUUUAUCAACUUCUCUAAACUUCUUAAACUUUAAUACUCUUACAUCAGGUUCAAUUAACCUUGAUAUAAGAUUACUAUUUAAUUGUUUACUUGACUCUUCUGUAUAUCUCAAUAAAUAA